AUGAAGUUUGCCAAAGAGCUCGACCAGGAGCUCGUCCCAGAAUGGCGUAUCAAGUACCUCAACUACAAGGCCGGCAAGAAGUACAUUAAGGCCGUCUCGCGCGCCAUCUCCCGAGCCAACGCAACGCCCAUCCUCCGCCGCUCCGGUGACCUCCCGCCACGACAGACGCCGCACCUGUUUGCACCGGGCAGUCCGUUUUCUGCGAAACGCGGGAACAACAACAACAACAACAACAACAACAACAAGAGCAGCAGCAACAAUGCCAGACGCCCAGGCCAGGUCGGGCGGUCCAAAACGACCAGCUCCACAAUCCCGCAAUACGACGCCAGGUCGGGCAAGAACGCCACCGACGACGGCCCCGAUGGCAACGACGCCGGCUCUGGCGAGCGCCGUAGCCUGACAGCAACGCCGGUCGAUCAACGGCAGUAUGGCAGUAUCACGAACACCGGCCGGCUUCGAAGUCCCUCUAUCGCCACGGAUGGCUCCCGCACUUUUGAGCUGCCGGCACCCGCCAUGCGCGUGCCUUCGAAUACAAACGAACCCGCACCGCCCGCUUCUGUUGUCAAGAACCGGGCUCCCGCAGCUGCUUCAGCUGCUUCAUCUUCGCGGGCCCCGCCAAAGCGCCGGAGUGCCACAAUGGCGAACAUUCCGAGUGCAGGCAGUGCAGGCGGUGCAGGCAGUGCUGGUGGUGAACACAGUGGCCAGACAGCUCCGUCGUACCGCAGCUCGGCCUUCCCUUCGCCCUUCGAUCUGACACCUAGGCAACGCUUGCGCCGCAUGUUCUCGAUGGCCUCGCCACAACAGUGGCCGUUGGGCGGUGGCGGCGGGGGUUCGACUGUCGGCGACAACAAGGACGACAUCAACAUGCAUGCCUUUGACGAGGUCCGCGAGCGCGAGCUCGACUUCUUCCGCUUUUUGGAUGGCGAGCUAGACAAGGUCGAGACCUUCUACAAGCUUAAGGAGCAACAGGCUGGCGAGCGCCUGGCCCUUUUGCGGGACCAGCUGCACGAGAUGCGCAACCGCCGCAUCGACGAGAUCCAGCGUGCGAAACGACGCGGUAUCGAAGAGGCCGAAAUCAGCCCCAACGCGUCGGGCGAUGACAAUACAUCACGUAGACGACGUGCGGGCAACGGCAGCGGCAACGGCAAUGGCGGCAACAGCGGGCGCCAGAGCGACGGAGAAGACAGCAAAACCUGGGACGUCUACCAAGAUUGGAUUGCACCCGUUCGCGCCAAGAUCUUCAAGCCGGGCCCCAACUCCAAAGCGCUGCAAAAGAUGCCGCAGACGCCGCGCAUGCUGGACCGUGUUUUGGGCGGCGGCUCGGGCGUGCCGGGCGUCGAAGGCCACCGCGACUAUGUGCGCCGGCCCGGCGACCACGACAUCCCCUACCGCACAGCCAAGCGCAAGCUGAAGCUGGCCCUGCAGGAGUUUUACCGCGGCCUUGAGCUGCUCAAGUCGUACGCCAUGCUCAACCGCACCGCCUUCCGCAAGCUCAACAAGAAGUACGACAAGGCCGUCAACGCCCGCCCGCCCUACCGCUACAUGAACGACAAGGUCAACCGGUCUUGGUUUGUCAACAGCACAGCGGUGGAUGACCUCAUUGUCGCCGUCGAGGACCUGUACGCGCGCUACUUUGAGCGCGGCAACCACAAGAUCGCUGUCGGCAAGCUGCGUGCCCUGACGAAGCGCCCCGGCGACGAGUCCGGCAGCGCCUUCCGCAACGGCCUCAUGAUUGGUGUGGGUGCCGUGUUUGCGAUCCAGGGCACCGUGGAUGGCGCGAAGAAGUUGUUUGCCGGCGACCCGCUGCUUGCCACGCAAACGAGCUACCUGAUGCAGCUCUACGGCGGCUACUUUUUGAUGCUGUUCCUGUUUACGCUCUUUUGCAUCAACUGCCGCAUCUGGACGAUCAAUAAGGUCAACUACCCGUUUAUCUUCGAGUUUGACCCACGCUCGCAUCUCGACUGGCGCCAGCUGUCCCAGUUCCCCAGCUUCUUCUUUCUGGUCUUUGGCCUCUUCAUCUGGCUCAACUUCUCCGACGCUGCCAACCCGCGUCUUUUUCUCUACUACCCCGUCAUUCUUGUCGGCUUCACCAUCGCCCUGCUGUUCUUCCCGGCGCCCGCACUCUGGCACCGCAGCCGGAAGUGGUUUCUCUACUCCCACUGGCGCCUCUUCUUUGCAGGGCUGUAUCCCGUCGAGUUCCGUGACUUCUUCCUGGGAGAUAUGUACUGCUCCCUAGUUUACUCCAUGUGUAAUGUUGAGCUCUUCUUCUGUCUCUACGCCAACGGCUGGAACAGCCCCCAACAAUGCAACUCCAGCCACUCGCGCCUGCUCGGCUUCUUCUCGACUCUGCCGCCCAUCUGGCGGCUGCUUCAGUGCUUUCGCCGGUACCGCGACACCCGUAACGUUUUCCCGCAUUUAGUCAACGGCGGCAAGUACACAAUGACCAUCCUGAGCUACGUCAUGCUCAGCUUGUACCGCAUCCACGAGUCGCAUACCAACCUGGCCCUGUUCAUCACGUUCUCCACCAUCAACAGCUUCUACACGUCGUUCUGGGAUCUGUUUAUGGAUUUCUCCCUCGUUCAGCUCGACUCCCGCCACUUCAUGCUCCGCGACAUUCUGGCCCUCAAACGCCGCUGGAUCUACUAUGUCAUUAUGGUCCUCGAUCCCCUCCUGCGUUUCUCCUGGAUCUUCUACGCCAUCUUCACGCACGACGCGCAGCACAAUACCAUCUGCUCGUUUUUCGUGUCCUUUGGCGAGGUCGCCCGCCGUGGCAUGUGGGCCCUGAUUCGCGUCGAGAACGAACACUGCGCCAACGUCGCCCAGUACAAAGCCUCCCGCGACGUGCCUCUCCCCUACCACCUGCAUGAGAUUGACUCCGCCCUCGACCUGGCACACCAUCCGCUGCUGCAAGAUGUCGAUGCCGACAACGACGAUGACGACGACAAGGAGGACGAAGGGCAAACCACGCCCGGCGGCACGGUGCGCCGGACAGACACUGCCGCGCCGGGUCUGCAAGGUACGUCACCGGCGGCCGGCAGCGCCAGUAUUCGGUCGAGCAAGCAAAAGCACCGGGAACGUCCCAGCCCGCAGCCGACGCCUGGCACCGCUGGAACGGCUGUCUCGACGGCCGCUUGGCCCGACAUUGAGGAGGAGCACGGGCCGACCAAUGCUGCCGCUGCCGCCGAAGAGGGCACGGCCGGUACCGGUGCCGGUGCUGGUGAAGGGGCCGCCACAGGUACGUCGACGGGUGUCGCUGUCGGCGGUGGCAGUCCGUCGCAGCCGGCUGCUGCAGCCGGCAGCAGCGACUUUGGCACCCUCCGCCGCCGGUUCACGAGCACGCUGGGCAAGUCCAUUGGUGUGAUCAUGGCCGAGGCCCAUAAGCAGGACUUUGAGAAGAAGCGCAGACCUGUCGCGCUCGACGGCCAGCCUGUACCAAUGGAUGACCUGCCGAGCAGCGACGAAGACGAAGACGAUCAGGAUAUUAUCGACGGUGAUGGCGAUGGCCAUAACGACGACGGCGAUGGCGGUAUCGAGGACAUGGCCGACUAUGACGCGGGCGUGUACCAUGACCACGGUGAGCCUGGCCGUCCGGACGCGCAGGAGCCGACGCACACAGCGACGCCUCCAGCACAUGGACAGCAGGCUACUGCGGACGACCGCACGCAGGAUGGACGCAGCCAGGGCCGCAGUCGCGGCGGCCGCGGCGGUGGGUCGUCAAGCCUGAAGCGCGGAUCGCCGAAGCCGUAG